AUGACUAAACGAUUUGAAUUUAAUUGGCACAUACCAGUGCCAGAACCACUCCUUUCCGGUGGUGUAUUCGAUAGAUGGACAGAAGAAAAAGAUUCAACCGAUUUUGAAACUGGUUGUUUAUUUAAAGUUGAUGAAUAUGGAUUUUUUAUUUAUUGGAAAAGUGAAGGCAAAGAAGGAGAUGUCAUUGAAUUGUGUCAAGUCAGUGAUAUCAGAGCAGGAGGAAUUCCAAAGGAUUCUAGACUGUGUAGUCAACUCAUAAAUAAGCAUGGUCAUCAACUGGAAGAAAAAUCUCUUACCAUUUGCAGUGGAACAGAUUAUAUAAAUAUAAAUUAUCAGCAUAUCAUUUGUCCUGAUGCUGCGACAGCCAAGAUUUGGGUUGAUGGUCUGAGAUCAAUUACGCACAACGUGAAAGCAAAUAAUUUUAGUCCUUUCACUUGCUUAUUAAAACAUUGGAUGAGACUUGGAAUGUUGGUAGAUCCCAAAGGAAAAGUUUCCGUUAAAGUCGUUGUCAGAACGUUUUCAUCUGGAAAAACGGAAAAAUUAGUAUAUCAAUGUCUUCAAGAACUGGGAUUACCCAGUGGUAAAAACGAUGUUAUCGAACCCUCCGAUUUUACUUUCGACAAAUUUUAUGCCUUAUACCACAAAAUUUGUCCGAGAAACGACAUCGAAGAUUUAUUUCAAACUAUAUCGCAAGGAAAAGCCGAAUCUAUAAGUGUAUCUCAAUUUAUAACUUUUUUAAAUGAAAAGCAAAGGGAUCCACGAUUGAAUGAAAUAUUAUAUCCCUUAUAUGAUGAAAAACGUGCUGUGGAAAUAAUAACCACGUACGAACAAGAUGAAACUGCCAGAAACGAAAAAAGACUAACCAAAGAUGGUUUGAUUCGUUAUUUAAUGUCUGACGAAAAUGCUCCCGUUUUUCUUGAUCGUUUGGAUAUUUACAUGGAUAUGGAUCAACCAUUAUCUCAUUACUAUAUUAACUCUUCCCAUAAUACUUAUCUGAGUGGAAGGCAGUUUGGUGGAAAAUCAAGCGUGGAAAUGUACCGUCAGGUCCUUUUAGCUGGAUGUAGAUGUGUUGAAUUGGAUUGUUGGGAUGGGAGGAGUGAAGAUGAAGAACCCAUUAUAACGCAUGGAAAAGCCAUGUGUACCGACAUUUUAUUCAAGGAUGUGAUACAUGCGAUUGCUGACUGUGCUUUUGUAACAUCUGAUUUUCCAGGUCAAUUUAUAAUAUCAGACGAUGAGCCAAAAGAAGAUGCCAGAGCUGCGAUUGUACCGAUUCCCGAAGAAAAAAAGGAAGAAGUUGGUGAUAUUGUUGGUGAAAUUCCCGAAAUUCCUCCCGUUCAAAUCCAAUAUACUGGAUCAACGACUAACGUUCAUCCCUGGCUCUCAUCUAUGGUCAACUACGCUCAACCAAUUAAAUUUCAGGGUUUUGACGUUGCUGAUAAAAACAACAUACAUUACAACAUGUCUUCUUUUGUGGAAACAGCUGGAUUAGGAUACCUUAAAUCUCAAGCAAUUGAAUUUGUUAAUUACAACAAAAGGCAAAUGUCAAGAAUUUAUCCAAAAGGUACAAGAGCUGAUUCUUCAAAUUACAUGCCUCAGGUAUUUUGGAACGCCGGUUGCCAAAUGGUAUCAUUAAAUUUUCAAACAGCGGAUCUUCCGAUGCAACUUAAUCAGGGAAAAUUCGAAUACAAUGGAAAUUGUGGUUAUUUACUUAAACCUGAUUUCAUGAGACGCAGCGAUAGGUCAUUUGAUCCUUUCGCAGAAAGUCCCGUGGACGGAGUUAUAGCCGCGCAAUGUGCCGUCCAGGUGAUAGCCGGUCAAUUUUUAUCAGACAGAAAAAUAGGUACAUACGUCGAAGUAGAUAUGUACGGAUUACCCACCGAUACAAUCAGAAAAGAAUUUAGAACGAGAUUGGUUCCCUCAAAUGGUUUGAAUCCAGUAUACAACGAAGAACCUUUUUUAUUUAGAAAAGUCGUCCUUCCCGAUUUGGCUGUACUUCGAUUCGGGGUUUACGAUGAAAAUGGAAGAUUGUUGGGUCAAAGGAUUUUACCAUUGGACGGUUUACAAGCUGGUUAUAGACAUAUAUCCCUGAGAACGGAAGCUAAUUUUCCGAUGUCAUUGCCGAUGCUUUUUUGUAAUAUUGAAUUAAAAAUUUACGUUCCUGAUGGUUUUGAAGAUUUUAUGGCGGCUUUGUCAGAUCCGCGAGCUUUUAUGUCAGCGCAAGAAAAAAGAGCCCAACAAAUGAAAGCCAUGGGAAUCGAGGAAACAGACAUAAAAGAUUUGAAGGAUGGAGAAGUGGAAGAUUUAAAAUUGGAGCCAAUCAAUGUGGAUGUUUUAAAAUCGGAAAAAGGAUUUCAAAAAACUGCUAAAAAACAGCAAAAAGAAAUUGAUAUAUUAAAAAAAAAACAGAUGAAAGAAAAAGGACUCAUUGAAAAAAAUCAAUGUUCGGCCGUUGAGAAAGUUGUCAAAGGACGAGACAAAAACGAUUUAACAUCAGAUCCGAUGAUAUUAAAACUUGUUAAUGAACAAACUCAACAAUGGAGCGAAAUGCAAGAGAGACAUAGAAAAGAAGAAUGGGAAUUAUUAAAGCAACACGUUCUAGAUCAGCAAGAAAUAUUAAAAAAAUUAAUGAAGGCAUCACAAGCAUCUCAAAUAAAACAAAUCGAAGCCAAACACGAAAGAAUAAAAGAAAUGAAUUCACGACAAGCGAAAAUAUCCGUCGAAACGAUGAAAGAAGUCAAAUGA